UUAUUUGAAGUUCGUAUCUGCCAUAAGCGAGAUCGUAUUGCUGCAAAAAUUUAAAUUUUCCCAAAUAAAUUUACGAUAAAAAAUAAUUAAAGAAAUUUAUCGCAAAUUUAUUACAUUCAUCUUUAACUUUAAGGCAAAAAUUUUCUAAAUAGAUUUGAAUUUCUUGUGAAUAAUAAUGGUGCUAGCCGAGCGUGGUGAUUUGAGAAACGGCCGUCGGUCGAGGGGUCCGAGCCCCAACGGACAUGGAACCCCCGAUUCCAGUUCAGAGGACGAAAAUGCAUCAAAAAGGAACAUUUCAUCGAAGUCUGCUGCUAAAGGUGGUGGAACAUAUGAAGCUGAAAAGAUUCGAGUUGGACGAGAUUACCAGGCUGUCUGUCCAGAGAUGAUAAAGCUUGAAGACCGGAAACCUGAAUUGAUGGCCGAUCGUGCCUUAUUAGUUUGGUCUCCAACUGAUGAUAUACCAGAUCAAAAAUUGGAGGAAUACAUAAAUGUAGCUAAAGACAAAUGCGGUUAUAACGGCGAGCAAGCUUUGGGCAUGUUGUUUUGGCAUAAGCAUGAUCUUGACCGGGCUGUUCAGGACUUAGCCAAUUUUACACCUUUUCCUGAUGAAUGGACUCCAGAAGACCGUGUUUUAUUUGAACAAGCAUUUCAAUUCCAUGGGAAAAGCUUCCAUCGUAUAAGGCAAAUGUUACCUGACAAAUCAAUAGCAUCUCUGGUGAAAUAUUAUUAUGGGUGGAAAAAGUCCAGAUCAAGAACGAGUCUAAUAGAUCGGCAGGCUAAACGUUUGCAUUCGGAAAACAUGCAAAAUUCAAACUCCAACAACGACCGUGAUGAUAACAAUGAUGAUAAUAAUGGUGGAGAAAAUGAUGACUCUGAUUCUGAAGACAAGGCAAACAAUCAUCAAGAGACAACAUCGUCAAGCAGUUCAUUACAACAAAAUGAUGAUGAAACAAGUGGGUCAGGAUCAAAUGGUUAUAGUGGAAAUUACAAUUCUUCUAAAUGUACUGGAUGUGGAGUAUCAUGUGUCCAUUUACAUGUUGCUAAUGUUGGAACAACAAUCGCCAAGUUGUGUGCUAGUUGCCAUCAUUACUGGAGGCGCACCGGUAAAAUCCGGCCAACUACUGCUUCAACUGGAGGUUCCGUUAAGAAACAGAAUAAUAAAAAGCACUUGCCGCGCGGCAUGCGUUUAGACCACGACGAUUUGCUGCGUUUGGCCCGAGAACAAUUAUUUUGUAGCAACACAAAUGGCACAAAUGAAAGUAAUAAAAAUGGAACGAAUGAAAAUAGUACCAAAAAUGGUCUCAAGGAAAAUGAUGCUGUCAAAAACGCUGAAACGCUGCUGCUUGCUCCAUUGGAUAGAGAAAUUGUUUCAUUGAAGAUACAAGUUCAAGCAAAUAAACAAGCUAUAGGCACUCUCAAACGUAAGAUUAAUUCAGAUACAAACUCAUCAACUACGACAAGCACUUCUUCAACAUCUAUCAAUGCAAGUGGUGGUAAUGGAACUUCGGCUAAUCAACUUAUUGAAGAAAUAAGACAAUGUGGUGAUGCAACACAUCCGAGUGUUAAAAUUACGACAAAAUGGUCGAAUGAAGAACUGCUAUUGGCUGUUCAAGGUGUGAGAAAAUAUGGAAAAGAUUUUCAGGCAAUUGCUGAAGCAAUUGGUUCUAAAACAGAGGCCCAUGUCCGCGCAUUCUUUAUUAACUAUAGACGAAGAUACAAUUUGGACAGUGUUUUACGAGACUAUGAGCAAGAAAAAAAUCAGACUCAACAGAUGGACAUAGAUAACAAUGAAACAGGAACUUUUUCCGAAAGUAAUUCCCAAGCGCCGAUGGAAGCAUCAAAAUAAUAUCAUUAUAGAAAAUUUUAAUAUAGAUAUAUAAUUUUAUAUGCAUGUGUUGUGACACAUGCGCCCCCUUAGCUAUAAGUUCGAAUGUGUGAAUAGUAAACUUUAUUAUGAAUAAGAUAUAAAUUAGUUAAACAUAGAUUAUUAUAAAUAAUAAAUUGAUUUGAUAAGCA